UUUUUGAUUUUUCUAUCGGAACCUCCCUCUUAGUUCUCGCUUUAUCUUUCACAGCCGCUUAGAUCAAUCGCCUUGUCUACCUGCGCUGUGUGACCUCCAUUUGUUAGUGUCUACUGAUUCCCAGAAUCUUCUCAAAUAACCCCCGUCUAGCCGCUGAGACUAGCAUUCCCCGCCAAUUCUGAUCACCUGCUUUGUGACCCCUAUUUGAGAUCAGGUGUCCAAUAAUAGAAAAUCAGAAUGAAUAACGAAACUUCUAUUGCCACUGGAGACCCGCUGUCGUGGAAAACAAUUUGUGUUGCCGACGGCGAAAUCCCAAUUGGUCGAGCAUCCGCAAAACACGCGGAGCGGGCUGCAAAAAAAUCAAACAUGCUUUUCGAAAACUCACAUCUCUCAAAGACACACGCCAAGUUGUCGAUGUCCGACGGUGUUCUCUAUUUGGAAGACUUAUCUUCCACUUUCGGCACCAUGUGGAACAAUUAUAUCCUUGUGCCGUACAAAAAAGUCGCAAUCCGCGAGGGGGACCGCAUUGGCUUUGUCUUGAACCGGCCGUCAAACUCGAUCAAGGAUUUAUUUAAAAAGGCGAACGAUGCAAAGAUGGUUGCUACCGACAUUUUGCUCAAUCCACUGGUCCAAUUACUAUUCUCUGUGGUCUCUCUUGACUCCGAGGAAGGCUCUUUGGUGUUAUUGCCCUUAAAUGGAUUGGACUGUCUCGCGGCCCUACGCAAGGAAGCUCAAGCAAAGAAAGCGGCGGCAUCACGUGAGCUUUCUACGGAACAGGAGCAAAAUACAGCUUUCUCAGAGGAGGCGAGUUCCGCAGACGACUCAACGGUUUCUGAUGACUCUGACGGUCCGCCUGUAGAGGAGUCGUACGUACGCAAGUUUACUUACGGACUGCAAGAUGGCUCCAUUGUAAUGAAUGCUGGAGAUACCCAAGCUGGUACAGUUUCAUCGAAUGAUUGUUGGGGAGCCACAAAUGAUUCGUCGUUUGCUGUAAGUGAGUCGAGUCAAUCUAAAAUUGAUUUGUCAGAGCCUGAUUCCGACUCCGGAGUCAAACAUGAACCCGAGAGUACCAGUAAUGUGUGUCAUUCUAGUGAUGGUAAAGAAUCUGUUGCAUGGCAAGCCUUGCAUGACGUUCUGAAGGGCUCACUCCUCAAUGAGCUUGUUGAAGAUGAUGAGGAUGAUAGUUCGCAGGAUUAUGCACAAUUGGAUGAAAGCAGCGACCUGGAGUCCUCUGAAGACCUGUCUGUGCUCACAUCCAGUUCAAACUCAGCCGAGCACAUUUCGAAAGAGCCAGACUGCCCUUCUCAGUUGUUCACCACCCUCCAUACAGAAACUGAUUACGAUUACAACGCCGAAGACAAAGUCCCAGGCAACAACAAGCUAGAAACUCAGACUAUUCGUGAUGAGGACAAACUGGUUCAUUUUGAUACAAACACGAAUGGGAUGUUCUCUAGCUCCAUUGCAUCAGCCAAAUAUAUUCCGAAUGAGACUGAGGAUGUUGGUGUAGAGGCUCCCAAAAGUGAUGGGUUUGAGCUGGACUUGAGCGAGGACAUCAUGUCACUGUUUGAGGAAUUAUGUCACAAAUAUGAUAUGGAUGACGAUGUGGAUGCUGCGUUUGAUACGCUUGAAUACUCUUCAGAAGGUUCCGCUUCUUCUGACGCUGAAUCUUUGGAAAAUCAUGAGUCCAUGCAAAGCUGUCUUUACGUUGAGAAGCCGAGUACCGAAAUGGGAAAAUACUUCUCUGAUUAUCACGCAACUACAGAGGCUCGUUUGCAUCGUAUACUGAUAAUAUCAAGUGACAGUUCCGAAAUUUAUGAAUUGAAAGGAUCAGAUGGAAUUGAAAUGCCCGCCCCUAUCACUUCCGAAAAUUUUGUCUGUGAUAGAGUCAGCAGGAAACGUACUUUCGAAGAAGUUGAUGCUUCUCACGAAACUCGGCACGAUAGCAUAGUUGCAGCAACAGGACUGGCCCCAAAGAAAGCCAAAACAAAUUCCGUUCUCAGAGAAAUAACUAAGGGGUUGUUUUAUGUCGCCGGCACACUUGCAGUGGUUGUCGCCUAUGGUGGCUAUCUUGAAAAGUAUGGUGUGUUGUCAUAGGAAGACUCGCGAAGUAUGUGUCUUAUUAUCAAUACCAGGCAUUGUAAGCUCGUGUUUUUGUAGUCCAUAGUUAUCUCUAAGUCAAUGAAGCUUUGUUAGUGUAAUUUGAAGUACAUAGUUGUUUUCAGCAAUUAUCAUUUACGCCGUUAUCUAUAUAUUAAUUAUAGCUUCGAAUCAC